UCCGUGAUCGCUUGAGUCUGUCGGAGUUGUCGCUUUUCGUGUUUUUCUUCCCACUCCUGGCAGCUGGAUUGCUUCAUUGUUAUCGGCUAUGCCGUGGUUUGGUGGUUAUGUUGGUAACUGGUUCAAUGGCUAUGUCGGUGCUGGGCGUGCCAUGGCGGAAUUGCGCUGGGCAGUUGGGUUUUUUUUUAGAGGGAGAUGAGAUUUGUUAGGGGAGAUGGGUUGCGGUGGUGGUCCGUGGGUUUUGGCUUUGUUGAGUACAGAGGCUUUAAUCUUCUAUUACGAAGAAAAAAUAGCAACCGCGACCUGGAGGAAGGGAGAGACAGAAGGAGAUUAAAAUUAUCGACCUUGACUAACUAUGGAAAGGACCAGGACAUGGGAAUUGAAGCAUUGCAAGCCAUGCUUAUGGAUGAUGAAUUUAGAGGGAAACUGAAGCUGCUGGAGGACUGCACUGCCACUCCAGAUCCAGAUUGUGGAUGCAGCCGUGGUCUUCAUCAACUUUUUGACAGCUACUGUUAUGGUGACGGAUCAAACCACUUCAUUUUUGUGACAAGGACCAAGUAGGUUUACUUUGGAUCCAGACAACCUUUUGGUUUUUCUGUGUAUGAGACAUGUAAUUGCUUUAAAGGAUCUGAAGCAACUCAUAAAACUGAUAUGUUGCUUCGCUUUCCAACCUUGCUCAUGUUCUAUGAAAUAAAAAAGCUUUUUGAUUUUGC